CGAUAUUUUACUACUUCAUUCUCAUAGUGACUGUUUUCAUUUCCGUCUGUGGUCCUAAUGUGCUGUUGUACUGCAGUACUAAACCCUGCUGUUACAGAUCCUCUACAGCAGGGGGCGGUGUGCACCUUUGAAUGCAGGUUGAAAUCCACCAAUAAAACCAGCGAAGAAGAAAAGUGUGACGUACAGAAACAGGAACCAAAACAUCUUGAACAGCAGGACUAAAGUCGACCCUUACCCUGGCUCCGACGUCCGUAUCCUCACCGUCAUGUCCGGCCCGGAGGCUGUGGAGGCCCGGCUGUCCGCUGUCCUGCGGACCGUGGCGGAGGCGGCGGUGGCGGAGCUCGGGUCGUUGCUGGACCGGUGCUCGGUGAACAUCAUGGCCGCUCUGGGUCCCUCCGCAGCGGGCUCGCGAACCUCCGUGGAGACCGAGAAGGAGAAACGGCAGUUUAACAAAGUUCUGACGAGCCAGUUCGCGUCCCUCAUGGAAACCUGGACCAAAACCGCUGUGGAGAAAAUCCUGACCAUUUUUCAAGUGACUGUUUGCGAAGCUAAUGGAGAAUCUGCAGAGAAGAAGAGGGGCGUGAAGCUGAAAGACGCAACCGAGACCAAAAAGAAAUCGCCUGCCAAAACCAAAGAGACACCGAACAUCAAGAAAAUACAUGAACCAGGAGCAACAGGAAGAGAAGGUGACAGACAAGAGAAGAAGAGGAGCGUGAAGCUAAAAGACACAACAGAGAACAAAGAGAAAUCGACCACCAAAACCAAAGAGACACAGAACAUCAAGAAAAUACAUGAAACAGAAGCAACAGGAAGAGAACGUGACAGACAAGAUGAAGUCUCACCUCCAUCCGUCCAAUCAGACCCUGAGCCGGUCUCUCCAGACACUGACGAUGAUGACGUGGACUCGUGUGAACCUAAGAUGAGGUGGCGUCCUUCAGAGCCCAUGCAGUGUCCUUCUUGUCCUAAAACCUUCCGUCGGAAGUGUCUGUUGGAGCGACACUACCUGUGCCACUCCAAACCCCACCUCUGCUCCGACUGCGGGAAGCGGUUCGCCACACUCCGAGGCCUCACUGCGCAUUCCAGACGCCACACCGGGGAGAAGCCGUACCGCUGUCCCGACUGCAGCAUCGACUUCGCCUACAAGUCCACGUUUGAGCGACACAUGCGUCAGCAUCACACCGACAAACCAGGCGGCUUCGUAUGUGCGCUGUGUGAGGGCGAGUUCACGGGGAUGCCGGCGCUGCAGAGACACCAAUGUCCGGCGCUGACAAAGACGCUGGUCUGUUCGAUCUGCCCGCAGACGUUCGAGUGCAGACAGAGUUUGGCCGACCACGAAAACCAGCAUUCAGGAGAGAAGGAUUUUAUCUGUGAAACGUGCGGCGAGAGUUUCUUCUCCUCGGCGUCGCUGUCCACCCACCGCGUGACGCACACACAGACAGAAACUUGUUGCGACGUGCUCGGCCUCGGCUGCAGUGACAUGAGCGUCCUGAGGAACCACCUGAGCCAACACAGCGGCCAGAAGCUGUUCACCUGCGACGUCUGCGGGAAAGGCUGCAGCCAUCGCAGCGCCCUCAAACACCACAUGCUGACCCACACGGGCGAGCGGCCGUACGUCUGCGAAACCUGUGGCAAACGCUGCGGUCACGCCAGCGCGCUCCAGAACCACAUGAGGGUCCACACGGGCAGGAAACCAGGGCAGAGGCCGGUCUGCGACGUCUGCGGGAAAAUGUUCCAAUGCGCAGUGAACCUGAAGUAUCACAUGAGCGUCCACACGGGGGAGCGGCCGUACGCCUGCGAGGUGUGCGGCAAAAAGUUUGCCAACCCCAGCAAUCUGAAGGCGCACACAGUGACACAUUCAGGCAAGAAGAUGCAUGGCUGCACCGUCUGCGGGCGGAGGUUCACCCAGUCCAGCAGCCUGAAGACGCACCGACGCAUCCACACUGGAGAAAAACCGUAUUGCUGCGCCGUCUGCGGGAAGGCGUUCGUACAGAGAUGCGAGUUCACGAAACAUCAACGCGGCCACGUCCCAAUGGAGGAGGACGGUGGGAAACAGAGGUUCACUGAGGAACCCACAGAGACCCUGAGCACACAACACUGUAGUAAAACCCAGAACCCUGAUCACACAGCGGGCAUUUGAAUGCACCACUGUAGCUGGAGACCAGAACUAUAACUCAGUUCAGUUUAGAGCUGCAGCUGUCCAUUAUUUUGUCAUAUCUUUGUCAAUGAAUGGUCGUGUCAGUGAUCCGUCCUCCAGAGUUAGGGUCUACUCCAGGUUUCUACCUUAUAAAGGACGUUUUUCUAAUAAAUGUUUUAUGAGUAAUUUCCAGAUGCUUCAAAACAUUUGUCAGGGGACCAUCGGCGCCCCCUCAGGGGUUGAAUAUAAGACUGACCUGUGUGCUUCAAAAAGAAAUAUUUUGGUCAAAAUUUGAAUGACUUCAAAGCAGUUCUCAAUAAUCUCUAAAUGGUUUUCAAGGCAUCAAUUGUUGAUUUGUGAGAUAUUUAAGGGUGUUUCAAACCAUUUGCCAGGGGAACAUCAGUGCCCCCCAGUGGUCGAGUGUAAGACUAUAUACGAUGCUUCAAAAAGUGACAUUUUGGUCAUAUUUUUAAACAAUUAUAACUAAUCCCAAAUAGGGGAGUGUAUUGGCAAGAAUCUGGCGAUACGAUACAAAUCACAAUACUAGGAUCUCGGUACGAUGUAUCAUGAUAUAUCAUGCACAACUACUAAACGUAUUUUAUUUGAUCACAACAGGAUCUAAUGCUGUAUCACCAAAUGUUCUUGUGUUAAAACUGAGUUCAGUGUACAAAUGUAUAAAUUUACGGAGAAAUAUGUUUACCUGUAUACAGAGAAUGAACAGAUAGAGCCAUGAUGCCGACCGUAUUGCGCAUGCGCGAAGCAAAUCGGGUGGGUGCGCAGAUCGGGUAGUCACACUGUUUACUGAUUUUCUUUCUCUUCACUUUACAACACAACAACCAACACACUUUACGGCAGCUCAACUGCAAGCCCCAAGGGACAAACUUCUGAAAACCAAUGAGCAUAGAGUUGUGUGUUACAUUAGAUACCAUUCAAGUACGUGUUAAUACUUACAUAUAAAACAUAAAAUAAACUUAUUUGUGUCAUUUAGUUAAAACUUACAGGUCACUGAACAACAACUUUGUGCCUUCGUGACCAUUUGAUCUGACCCAGGGGUUAGUUUAGAAAUGUCCUGUUUGAGCCACACUCCGGAGCAGCAGGAGGCGGAAGUGCACCUUAAAGCUGGAGGACAACCGACAAUAAG